AUGUCAAUUAGGCCUACAAAAACAAAUGGAUCCAUCAUUAUCUCCAUCUUAAUCAACCUGGCAUGCAAUUGUUUGCCCAAUCUCCUAUCAGCUAACGCCGCGCAUGCUUUAAGGGCGCUUGGUAACGUAAACACAUUCGGGUUUACACCUGAUCUCUGCAUUCGUUCUAAAGAUGCCAAAGCUUGGUCGUUCCGGAAUAUUACCAAAAACAUCAAUUGCAUCUUUAAAAUCGCCCACUUUUGUGUACAUAUCAACCAACGCAUUCAGAGAGAACUGAUCACCUUCAUAACCAAGCUUUAUAAGAUAGCCAUGAACCUUCUUCCCCUGAUCGAUAUCUCCAAGCCCCGCUGCAGCGUUCAACACAGUCGACAAGCAGUACUCAUCCGGCCUAACUCCACCACAAACCAUCUCCCCAAACAAACCCAUUGCCUCACUAAAAAAAUCUGCCCGAGCUUCUUUGUUUCUGAACAAGCCUUGAGCACGCUGGGCAAGGCGUAUUCAUUGCACCUGACAUCCAGAGAUCGCAUCUCGCGAAAGGAGAGAAUGGCCUCCUUUCCAAGCCCAUUCUGGACGUACCCGGAGACCAGCGAGGACCAGGAGACAAAGUCCGGCUCGGGACUUUCGUCGAUCAAGUUCCGUGCGUGGCCGAAGAACUUACACUUUGCGUACAGGUUCACCAAAUGA